AUGGCAUCCGGGGGUGAUGUGAGGACCCUUGCCGCCAGCAAGUUCUGGUUUGCUGAUGGUGAAAAGCCCUGCUGGAAGCCUGAGGGGACCAUUGAGACCAUCUCAGUUCGUGCCCACGCAAGUAACCUUCCUGAUCUCGACAACUUGAUUUGCUUGAACCGGGACCCUGACCGCCUGGCGUUUGUCUACGCUUGGGUGAUGGCCAAAAAGACAUUUCAAGAUGGUGACAAAUCCUAUGAAAAGAUUUUGAAGAGCUUUGCCACCCGUGUGAAGUUCUGGCAUUUGGCCGAUGAAGAAGCAGCAGAGAAGAAGAAGUGGGAAUUGGCCCAAGACGUGAGAGAUGACUGCGAAGCCCUAGUUCUCCAAGGGUGGAGGCAAAUCAAGGCAGUCGGCCUUCUGCGAGCACUCUUGAAAUCUGUGGCCAAGUCUGAGGCGGCAGAGUACAUGGAGAAAUGGCUCGGGAGCCGGGUGAAUCUGAAGGCCACGAAAAUCAAGGCAAUGCUAAAGAUCUAUGAUCGCUUUCAAGAUUCACCUGGGUGUGAGCAGCUUAUCAUCCAGCUGGACGAUGCUUUCUCAAGCAACCACGCCUUCGCGCACAUGAUGGCAUUUGACCUGGUGACAGGCAAGACUGCGCUGCCAAAGGUUCCGGCACAGCAGCGAGCACUGAUGUUGUGGACGUUGGAGAUCAUCGUCGCAGACAUGCUGGAGGGCAGGUGUGCUCUGAAACCAAACAAGGAUGCCAUGACAAUGAUGAUCUACAGGGCUCUCUUGAAACGCCGCCUGUGCACUCUGGUGGCGAACAAGUUCAAGGGGCCCGAUGGUGGGGAUGUGGCCAAGUGCGAGGGGGGCAUGUCGCCGGCCACAGCGUUGAGCACAGUCUUUGCCUCCGUUGCCAGCUUCCGUUCCUCGGGCCUUGCCGACCAAAGCUAUGUGUCGCUGCCUUGGUUGGCAGCCUUGCCCUCCUACACCUCCGAAGCUUUGCAUUUCGGUGCCAAGCUUCUGCGUGGCCAUUCGGGUUUCGACGAGUUGCUCGAGACAGCCGUCACCUCCGACGCAUUGAUCCCUGCAGAGACCUUCCUGCUUUCGAAAACGUGGAAGGCCGACUUGUUCGAUUACGCAGGCUUGCUUGAACAGAAGAAGUCCGGGGAACGCCCCCCUGUUGUGGAGGUGGCAGAGCCCGCUGCUGUGGAGGCACCCCCCGCUGAGACGGAGAACGCCGCUGAGAUGAUGCCAGAUGUUUCAGUGGAUGUGGUGGAUGUGGAGCCGGCGGCUGCUCUUCCUACAUCGGUCGAUCGCACGGCCUGCUUCAACCGGCUGGUGGUGCCCGAGAGCAUCAUGACGACAAUCAACGAGCAUGAUGACCACUACUUCAAUGAGGUCAAGGAUUGGGCCCGUAUCCGUGUGCAGACCUUCUUGGAGUUCGAAAUCAAGGAAGAGAAGGCGGCAGCUCGCCGGGCGCAGGUCACCCGCUUGUAUGAGAAGCAUGGCUCCAAGCCGAUGUUCAUCAUCUAUGACUGCAAAGCCAGGCUGAGGGAGAUGAAGGACGACUUGCUCGGGUCUCCUUGGAAGCGGCCUGUCCCGAUCGCGCAAGCAGACUUGAAGGCUUGGGUGACCUCGUUCUUCAUGGAUGUGAAAGCGAAGGACAAGUUGUCACCCCAGAUGCGGGAGAAAGACUUGUUCGUCUUUGCCGACGGCAGGUCGCCGGCCAACUACGAUGUGAUCCACAAGCUGCUGCAGACCACCCUCAAGGAUGUGUCCAUGCUGCCAAAGCGGCGCUUCACAAUCGUCAGGCGGUCAUACUCGAAUGAUGAGUUCGGCAGCGGCGGAUACGCCUCCCCGAGACGGAAAUCCGGGCUGACGCCACACGCGCCGGACCCAUUGGAGAAUUUAUUCAUGGUCAUGCCAAAGGAGUACGAGUUGCCGUACAGAGAGUCGGCCUGCCCCAGCGUCAUCAGCAACAACUUUGUCAGGGGCUGGCAGGGGCUUAGUCUCAUGACCGAGCACGAGCAGGCUUUCUCGGUCGUCACCAACCACAUGUACGCGAAGCUCGCCAGGAAGCCGGAGGGCGAUUCGGAGACGAAAACCGAAGAGAUGGGAAGCUUGCGUGAUGACGCCUCAGGUCCUGAGGAUGCUCCGGCUCCGGAAAAAAAAACGGAAGACACGUUGAAGGUGUACUUGCAGCCUUGGGACAAUGGGGAAGCGCAUCAGCAGCUUCUGGUCGAUCUUUACAUGCCCUCGGGUGGCUCAGCUCAUGUGGUGAGCUUGGAAGCAUCCGUGAGCUUGGCAAUUGCUUGCUGCCGGAAGCGUUGGCACGCAACGCUUUUUGUGGAGAGUGAGCAGCAUCGCCAGCUCCUGUCGCAGAUCCUCGUCUUGAAGAUCAUGUACGAGAUCAUGUCAGGAAGGGCGGAUGGAUUUGUCAUGAGGCAGCGCAUUUUGACAAGGCAAGCAUCCCUCAGCGGCAGCGAUUCCGGCCGCCCACCUUUGCCGCCGCCAACCCCGGCGCCUUCUUCGGCAACCGCUGGCAGCAUGGGGAACAGUCCAGCUGACAAGAGUGUUCUUGAGGAGCUCUAUGGCGAUGACGUCGAGGAGUACGACGAAGAAGGGGCCGAGCAGGAGGAAAUCGGUGGGUAG